AUGACAGCUAUGCUGGAUUUAUUAUCAUUACAUGGGUGGCAGUAUUCACCGACCUCAGAAGUCUCAAUCAGUGACCAAGUUAUCGCAGUAUUGUCGAGGCAUGAUGUCCAUCGGGAUUUUGCGAAGAAAAUCUCUCUGCUGCGCGAACUUGCCAGAUUCAUUUCAAAUGAGGCAGUCAUUGAUACUAGUACCUGGCUCUGGGAAGUAUUGACUUCAAAAGUCAGAAGCAAGAAUCAGCAAUCUGUGAGACAUUGUCUUACUCAACUCCUUACUCUCAAGGGUAUGGCAGGGGGUGGAGUCUUGUCCGCUUCGCCCGCAGUCAUCAAACAACAACUCCAGAUAUUCCUAAGCUGCUUGCCUCACGCCUCUAUACUUUCUCGACGUCAGCCUGCCGAUAUCGAUGCAUUCAUCCAGACUGCAAGAAAUGGACAUCUUUCAUCAUCGCCUUCGAUUAUUCAGGCUGCUCGAGUGACUGAUAGUAGCAGCAGCUCCUCGGUAUUUGGUCCCAUUCGAGCCCUGAACAAUGUGAACGCAUUAUUACAGAAUCGUGAGCUAGGAGGGUCUGUAAAGCGACAGCUUCGAACUAAGGUCAAGUCAGAUUUCAGUCUUCUGAAGACCUGGAAAGGUGCUUCAAAUGACGUGAAUGUCCUAGCUUGGUCGCCUGACGGUACCAGAUUUGCAGCAGGCGCCACUGCCCAAUGUGAUGAGGGCAAUAUGGAGUACAAUCGGGGCAACAACUUGGUCAUUGGGGACUUGACGUGCAAUCGCCUCGAGGAGGUGCCUGGUCAUUACAUAAUUCGCCCUCCUGGGAGGGCUGCGUCUCAAAGGGCCACAAGUGACAACCGUCUCUUCAUGAGUGUUACUGCUAUGCAGUGGUUUGAUGAUACACUUUUUACAGCCAGCUACGAUAAUACGGUGAAACUCUGGAGGUUUUCCGGCAACCGGAUAACAAAUCACAAAACGCUCCCACAUGAAUCGAAAGUAUUAGUCAUGGCGCGUUCAAAUUUUCAAGCGAAUCUGCUGGCAACCGGCGCGCAAUCUUUCAGGCUAUGGAACAUCAUGGAGUCAAGGGAGGAUGCUCCCCUAAUAAUUGAAUCCAGAAGAGACCUGACUCCCACUUGCUUGGCUUGGGGGAGUACCCAUGACACUAAACAUUUACUGCUCGCUGGGAUGUCCGAGAGGGAUGAUGGCCUACCACACGCUUGCCCAGCCCCGAGUGGCUUUCUCACUGGGUGGCAUGUGGGUGAGGCUUCAAUAAUUCCAACACCAUUUCAGCCUAAUUCACAGAAUAUAUUCGAUAUCAAAUGGCACCCGACCUUGCCGAGAUUUGCCACAGCAAGUACGGUAGGCCAGAGCCAAGUGUCUCGGGGAACCAGGUCUGUGGUCCGUGUUUAUGAACCACUGAAGUGGAAAUCUCAGACAAUUGAGUUCGAGUGUCCUGCGCUGGACAUCAAUGAUAUCACCUUCUGCCCAAUGAACUCAUAUUAUGUGACCGCCAGUUGCACUAAUGGCGUAACAUAUGUUUGGGACUAUCGCAAACGAGAUCAAGUCCUGCUAGAGCUUCCUCAUGGUGAACCUCUCAACCAAUUAGAUGAACUGCUUGAGAGGGAGCAGGAUGAUGUAGGUGUUAGAAUGGCCUUGUGGGGGGACGAAAUCAACCAACUCUACACAGGGGCCUCAGACGGUAUUGUUAAGCAAUGGAAUAUCUUGCGAUCUCAGGAGGAUGCCCUUACAAAGAACGUCUUUGGAAUUGAAGAGGAGAUAAUGUGCGGUGCCUUUUCAAGUGAUAAGUCAAAUCUCUUGAUUGGAGACGCAGGCGGGGGUAUCCAUAUCCUCUCUACUUCAUGCUCUUCGCCUCAUGAGGGCAGAGACCCAAAUGAAGAUGAAAGAAAAAUGCAAUUCAGGCACGCAGCUCAGCCGCCCUGCGAUGAUCACUCAUCAGAUUCAGAGUCUGGGCUUGUAGCGGCCCGAAAGCUACUGAAUUCUGGGAAGCUCAAAAGACACCCUGUUUUUGGAGUGGGUCAAGGCCCUCAUUAUGAUGGACCUUUUGCCGGGUGGGCUCGCCCAGGGAACCCAGAUCAACCUCAUCUUGGCAGUCUCGAACCGGAUGUUAAGAUGCGACAGCUCGAUGGGCCGGCCCCUAAGGAUCGCAUUGGCUUGGACGAAGAAUCACGGCAACUUGUGGAGGCUCAUAUUCAACUUGCUCGGAUUCGCAACCAGCGGCAAAAUGGAUAUAAAAGGAAACGUGCUGUUGAUGUCAUUGAUCUGUGCAGUGAUGAAGAAGAUAACCGUGGCCCGGAAAGGCGAGCGCAAAGUCGGCACAUUUACAUUGGAGACUUCAUGGGCAUUGCCAAUCUUCAAUGUGAGGUCAUAGACCUAACAGGUGACACCGAUACUGAUUCAGAAGAGAAUGCAAGUACUGCGAGAGCUAGGCCACCUUUCUCUGAGUUCCCUAAAAUGGACUCUUUGCUUGAAACGCUGGAGGCAGGUCUUGAAGAGGAUUUUUGGUGGCCGGACAGUGGCCAGGUCAAUCCUAAUUUUCCACAAGAAGAAGCAUAA